AUGGACGGUCGCAAGUAUUCUAAACACGUCGGGGUCGGAGAUGGGUGGACUGAGGUUCGCCGGAAGCAAUAUCCAGGUGAUAAAUCGAAGGAUGUCACAACCUUUUACGUUACAAAUCUACAGGCUGAUGUAACGGUGGAAAUGAUAAGGAAGUCCUUUCAGUCCUUUGGGAAACUGGUAGACGUUUACAUUCCGGGGAGGAAGGACAAAGGAGGUACGUUUUUCGCUUUCAUCAGAUACGCAGGAAUCAAAGAUAUCAACUCUCUUGUGACAACAUUAAACCAAGUCAGAUGUGGGCAUAGUAUAGCAAAUGUCAAUAUUGCAAGGUACGAGAAGAAGCCGCCCCCCAGACAAAUGCCCCCUCCAAAUUCUUACCACCCUAGACGGGUGUCGGUCCCAAUCGCUAAACACAACAACAUUAGUACCGGGAAAACUUUUGUCGAUGCUGUCACCGGGAGUCUAGGGAAACACGAUACUGUGAGAACCCAAGAGAUUCAACUGAAGCGGGCUCCCAUGAUUGAUUCUUGUGAUAGCAGCUGUCUAAUCGGAGAAGUCAAGGAAUUGAGGCUCCUUAACAACAUACAUGCCCUCCUAAAUGCUGAAGAGAGUAUCCCAUCAAGAGUGCACUACGCAGGGGGACUGAAGAUCAUAUUAAGAUUUUUCCAACAGGGAAAAGCGGAGUCUUUCAUGGCUGAUUCUCAAAAAUGGUGCAGUUGGAUUAGAUGGCUCAAAAUUGGAUUUGUGGAUGACCAAACUAACGGUAGGCUGGCCAGAAUUAGAAUAUUGGGGAUACCGCUUUAUCUGAGAUCUGAUGAGAAUAUCACUGCAGCAACCAUCCUUACAAACUCGUGGAAGCUUGUAAACGAAGAAGUGGUCACAACCUUCAACGGGAAUCGGUUCCAAGUAGGCGUCAGUGAGUGUGAAAACAAGUGGGAACCAUUCCUCGAUAGAAGUUUUCCAGAAGCCCCUUUGUCGGAAGUCAGUGAUUCUGAGGAUGAUGAUGCCAUGAACGAACAAGGUGACAACUCUGGGGAAGAUUCAGACGACGAAGGCAUCUCAGAAACGUGGAUUAACCGAGACAUGAUGGAAGGGCUCGAAGACGGUGAGAUUAACAUGAAAGGAUCUGAGGCUCAUGGAAUAGCCACCGGAAUAGCCACUGGAGACGGUAACCAGUUGGCGGAAGAAGGAGAGUCUUCGAAAGGUCGUGAUGAGAGAGAAGAAUUAAAUGCAUAA